AGAAAGAGGUUGGCUCGUGGAUUCAAAGGGUCAUAGACAGUAGUACAGUCGUGGUGGUGCAGGAUGGCGACGAUCGACGUGGGUGCUAAUCGAACAGACAGAGUGAGAGUGGAAGAGGGGGGCCUCAUGCAUCUUGGGGGCUGGGGCAUAAGUUUUUUUUUAGCUGAAGGUACAUGUAAGGUUAUGGGGAAUAUGAGGAAUGUUUGCCAAUUGUCCAGGCAGCAACAUAAGCUCUCCCGAUCCUUAAUCCAAUUCCUUGACCAAGCAUCCGGUUCAUAGCUUGACUGCCUCACUCUGCUACUUGUGACCGUUGGUCGUUGGACGCUGUAGCAGAGCUGAGAUCAGAUGUUUAAAUUUGAACAUUCCCUCUUCUUGUUAAUUUGCCUACUAUUCCCUCCUGUUUUUUCGAUUGUCAUGCGAUGUGGUUACAUUCACACCGUCUUUAACAUGUCAAGUCAAGUUGAGUACAGGCGGACGCUGAAUUGUAGCAAAGAUACUAUCUAUUUCAUAGUGAAGAGGAAAAGAACAUCACCCCCCUUCCCAUGACGAAAAUUAGUCUUUCAUUUUCGUACAAAGGCUAAUUCAUGAAAAGUAUGUUCGACGGUCCUAAGAUAGGACUUCUGUUCGGUACACGGCUAGUAUGAAAAACAAGGCAGGCGCAAGUUCGAAUUGAGAUUUCUGUACUAAGACCAAUUAUUGGUCGCUAGAGUUUGUUUCGGCCACCCCAUUUUAGCAUACAUUAUCUCAUUUGAGGCAUUUGAAGUGCCGAAACAGUGCAAAUCGAUAUGACCAGAAAAAUAAAGCGUAACUUGAUUAUAGUACUCAAAAGAGGACCCUUCAUGCUCUAAAGGAGAUGACUGUUUGGGCAAGCAAAACAAUGCAGACAUCUAAUGUAGAUCAGUACUGAUAUUUCUUUUCAUUUAUGGAACAAGGAAUGGUUCUGGCCUUUAUGUUUUGUCCUUCUUUUUCAAAGACACAUUUUGGAAGGCACAUCUUCUCUACUUAUAAAUACGCAUUAUCCCAUCUGUGCUUCUCAUAAUUUUUCGUAGUAUCACCAGGAAUUUCGAAAGAACCAGCUCUUUCGAUACACGGUCGUUGGCAGGAGAAAGUGAAGAAAGUUUACGAAAAUGGUCCUGUCAUCGUCGAUAAGGAGCAAGGCAGAGUCCGAUGGUCCUCUCAUUUUAACAAGGAAUCGCCGGAGUAGGAGUAAGCUGUUGCCUGACCUUCCCGAAGACGUGCUAGAGCGCAUCUUUACGCUCUUGCCCAUUAAACAAGCAGUGAGGGCCGGAGUUGUCUCGAGAAGAUACAAGCAAGUUUGGCUCUUCAGCAGGAAGUUACACUUUGGUAGAUGGUUCACAACGCACCAAGGCAUUCUAGAAGCUAUCUCGAUUAUUAACCACGUUUUCAGGGCUCAUGCAGGUCCACAGAUCCAAAGCUUCAAGUUAUAUAUCGAUCCAACGGAUAUUGAUGCGAUGGUCAGGAAGUGGAUCGAAAUCUCGAUUUCGAAAGGGGUGGAGGAGCUGGAGUUAAACUUUAUCGCGGCGAGGGUUGAGCCUUUCCUGCUUUCUCGCGAUUUUAUCGAUGUUGAGUCGUUGAGAGUUUUGAAGUUGACCUUCUGUGAAAUUGAUUUUCCACCAAAUCUCACCAGUUUGCAUCUCCUGGAUACCCUGAUUCUGAAGAAGGUUGAAAUUACGUCAGAGAUGAUCGAAACCAUAAUUCGUAAUUGCACCCUCCUCGAGACUCUUGAACUGUUACGUUGUGAUGCCAUCCGUCAGUUGAAGUUGAAUGCACAAAAUCUUAAGAGGUUUAAGGUGUUAAAGUUGGGAGAUUGCUCGGAUCUUUCGCUAAUUGAAAUGGAUGCUCCGAGCCUUCGCUCGUUUUAUUUCUAUGGUCAAGUACCUCUCUUCCUCUUUGAAGAUAUAUCGCAGCUGAAGGAUGCAGUACUGAAUUUCGUACCCCCAAAAGGCUUCAUGAGACAUUCUUUCGUCCGGAACAUUUUGGACAAUCUCGCUCACGUUAGCGUUCUCACGGUGAACAGCAUCUUUCUCGAGGGCAUAUCUCCAAAUUAUGAAGAUUUGAAGCACAACAUACGUGGACUGCCGUUUUUGUAUCGCAAUCUGAAGGAAUUCCAACUAAUCAUGCAAGGCGGAGUCUAUUGCAAUACUUAUGACAUUGCUGUUUUUCUCGACAGUUGCCCACUCAUCGAGAAAGUAUUUAUCGAUCUUAAUGAAUGCUCUUUCGAAGGCAGCAUUUACUGGGAACUGCAUCAGAAGCAAGAGCUAGAGUCCUUUGGCUUCCUCUGCCGCCUCAAGUUUGUCAAAGUGAAAGGCUUCAGGUUUCAAAGUCAUGAACACGAACUGGUCAAGUUUUUUCUGCAGAAGGCGAUCAAUUUGGAGAGUCUUGCUCUGGUUAGUGCGAGGAAUCGCCUUUAUCCGAAAUCUUACUCGGAUAAUAUCGAGAGGAAUGAAAAUUUCCUUUUGUGGCAGACUUCUCCAAGAGCCAGAGUUACGUUUUCUAAUGACUGCAAAGACAAGACAACCCGUCCGGCGCAUCAGAAAAUUUGGCAGGUAUGAUGCAGGUUGUGUGUUCAGGGAGGCAGACUUAUUAGUUACAAGUUUUAUAGAGCAUCUGAGUCUGUGAUUUAAGCACUUAUUCGUCUUUAAGAAGAGUCUGGCAAUCAAGCAGGAGAAUGGAAGCAACAACAUCUGAAUCACCCACCCUUUUUUUUCUCAUUUUCUUGUGGCAAUAAAUUGGACUUUGCCU